AUGGUAUCGGUAAUCUCUGGUCAUUUGCCUUGUGAAUUGCACAGCUGGAGGCAGAUGGCAGAAUACUCACCAGAAAUGAAGCAAUUUGCUUGUAUUCUCCACCUCUACCAUAUUAAGGCCUAUGAUUAUCUACGGAAGAUUUUUCCCCUCCCUCAUCCUUACAGCCUGACAAAUUGGCUGUCUAAUAAUGAGGCUGCUGCAGGCUUCAGCAACAACAUUUUUCUCCGCCUUCAGGAAAAGGUGGAGAGAGGGGAACAGGCCUACCACUACUGCACCCUAAUGGUACAAGACAUGUCCCUGCAGAAGCAGCAGGAGUGGGACCCGCAGACCCAGCGCCUGACAGGCUUUAUUGACUUGGGAGCAGGCGUCCUUGAUGCUGACGAAGCUCCGCUUGCCUCAGAAGCGAUAAUCCUCAUGGCAGUCGGCAUCUCAAGUCCCUGGACAGCUCCACUUGGCUACUUCUUUGUGAACAGCAUGACUGGCCACUUACUUGCUCAGCUGCUUCGUCAGGCCAUCAAUAAGCUGAACAACAUUGGCAUCACAGUGUUGGCUGUGACAUCGGGUGCCACCGCUCAUGGUGCUGAGACUGCCAAAGCUCUGGGGAUCAAGAUAGAUCCCGAAAGGAUUCAGUGCACUUUCCAGCAUCCGCCUGGCUCUGCUCACAGCAUCAUGUACUUCUUUGACAUUUGCCAUGCACUCCAGCUGAUAAGGAAUGCUCUGCAGAGCUUCCAGAAAAUAGAGUGGCUCAGUGACACUAUGCAGUGGCAGCAUGUGGUGGAGCUCGCAGCGUUGCGAGAGCAAAGGGUAUUAGAGCCAUGCAGUCCCAAGUCAGGUGGACCUGGGUGUGAGAAGAGUUACCACCUGAAGGUGAACCUUGCUACCCUGUUGUUCAGCGAGGGUGUUGCUGAUGCACUGGAACACCUCCAGAAGCUGGGCCUAGCCUCAUUCCAGAACUGCAGCGGUACUGUCAAGUUUGUGCGUUUGAUGAGCCAUCUUUGUGACAUAUUUCUUGGCAGAGGUCCCUAUAGAAGGGGACUGAAGGGGCCUUUGCUAGCUGGAAAUUACACCAAAAUAAGCCACCUCUUCAAUGAAGCCAAAAACUUCUUUGUCACCUUAACAGACUCUAUGGGGAGAUACAUUAUUAAGAGCAAACGCAAACUAGGAUUUCUGAGUUUCUUGCUCAAUGCUGAAAGCCUCAAGUGGCUUUACACCAACUACCAAGCCUGCGGCAGCAGUGGGAACCCCACCUGCACUGUGUUCCAGGCAGCUUACCACAGACUGCUCGCCAGCUGCAGCCUGGCACCAGGCUCACCACACAGCAAUGGCUCAGGCAAUAUGAGCUGCUUGGACAUAUCCCUGUCUCGUAGGAGAGAUCUGACCCUUGGUAGUGUCCAUGCUCAGUAUAACCCAGCUCAUGGGAGGACAUUGGCAAUGAAGUACCCCUAUAGUGCAGGCCUUCUUUUGCGCGGCUCUGCACUGAGCAGUGUGCUGACAGACCUGUCGCUGCAUGCACAGAGCAUCACUUGCACUGCGGGCUUCAUUGCUGAGCAAUUAGCCUCUGACUUGCAGUGCGAGGCUUGCCUUGCUUCCCUCUUUGAGUCAGAUGAGAGCAGGCGAAAAUGCGGGUCAGUGCUCUACAUAAAAAAGUUAGGUGGAGUGAGUCUGCCCUCGGCAAGUGUGUACACCAUAACAAGCAUUUCGGAACAAGUCCUAAACUGGUACGGUAAAGUAGGAGACGGCAACAAAAACACCAAGCUAUGGCAUUUGUCUCUGGAACAGAAAGUCUUCCAGGAGCUUCUAGGAGAAAGUCCCCUCUUCCCCACCCUCACAAACCAUUUAUUUGAUGGGGAGUUGUGCGUCAACAAUCACUACACAAUCUUAGUAAAGGAAAUAACACGAUGUUACUUAAACAUCAGAACAAACCAUGCCAAGUACCUGAACUUGACAUACCAUUGUGGAAGGCACAGAUUGAAGAGACUGAAGGGAAAACAUUUGUUUCCAUCACUACUGGGCAGCUGUCAGACAAGCCAUACCCAUGCAGGGACAUGA